AUGGUAAGUUUCCCCACCCUAGCCCCGGCUUUCCCGUUUAAUCUCGCGCCCCAGAUCUACACGAUUCAACCGGUGAAGCCUGCUGAUGCAGCCGGCCUUGCAGAAACCAUGAUGCGCGCUUUCUACCAAGAUGCACAUUGGGCCUCGCUCUGGAAAGGCAUAACGCUGGAUAGCAUUAUCUCUGAUUGUGCAAGGCGUUUGCCCUGGAACCUCGUCAAGGUUAUUUCCACCAAGCGGCAUCGUAAGGUUGUGGAGGACGCUACUGGUGAUAUCGUUGGCUAUGCGCGCUGGAUAAUUCCGGACGGAUGUACUGACGAGUGGGCGGAGGGUAUUGUGGUUGAGAUUGACUCGGAAAGUAGCCGAGUUUACAAAGAAGACUUUCGGAGUGUAACUGAAGAUGGUAAAAUUCGGGGCCUGGACCAUCCGGUCGUAGACGAGCUCAGUGAGGCGAUAGAAAAGGCAGAAGCUAAAGUACUGGGUACUGGCGAAAGGUUUCUUGCAUUGGAUUACCUAGCCACCCACCCUGAGCACCAGAGACGUGGCAUCGGCUCCAUGCUACUCACAGAGGGUUUGGCAUAUGCGGAUAGGAAUGGACUCAAGACCCUAGUAGUCGCCAAGACACCGGGUGUCAAGCUGUAUCAAGAUCAUGAUUUCCAGGUAGUCGACAAAGUUGAGCAAGAGCGCCCACAGUAUGGAUGGUCAAAGCCGUAUACAACCACGAUCCUCAUUCGACAGCCCAGAUCCAUAGAAUGA